GCAUCACAUCUCGAUGCAACUCGCCUUCUGGCCAUUGCCGGCAAGCUGCUGCCCCUGAAGUAAACUUUGAGAUCUCUUUUCCGUGCGUAGGGUACUCCUCCUCCGGCUGCUCUGAAUCUUUCUUCAGAAAAAUCAGCACUCUGAGACAAGCCUCGCGCGCUCCGGCUCGGCCUCCUCCGCCCGUGCGUAUUCACGUCGGGCUCCCUCGUGCACGCCUACCUCCGCUUCGGCCGCGUCUCGGAGGCCUACAGGCUGUUCGACGAAAUGCCCGAGCGGAACCUGCCCGCAUGGAACGCGAUGCUGUCCGGACUGUGCCGCAACGCCCGCGUGUCAGAGACGGAGAAAGGGCCGUCACCAUGUUCCAGGAAGGCUGCAGGGCUUUCCAGGUCGCCUUCACCAAGAUCAUGGAGAAGAAACUCGGCGACAACCCAUUGGGUCCAAUUCUGUCAGCGGACAAGAAAUUGGUCGACGCCAAGUUGGCCGAGGAGGCGGACGAGCACAAGUCCAAGGGAGAGGCCCGCAAGGAGAAGCGCAUUGCUGCGCGGAAGGGUCAUAAAAUACAUGAGAAUGCUAUUGACAACAAAGAAAAGAUGCUUAUCAAGGUUGCAACCCAAGUUGUUGUCAGGUUGUUCAAUGAGGUAAGCGCACUUGCCUUUCCUUAAGUGCUAGACAUACAUGUUGCUCUUUUUGUUGUGAAUAUAAUUAUUCAAUAUAGGGAGCUUCCAUGGACUCUUACCUUAAUGGAAAUCUGUGGUUCUAAUU